ACUAUAUAAUUACUCUACAACCGUAAAAGAUCUUAAAAGACCAGGUUUUGUUCUACGAUUGUGAGUUGCUUUUUCAGUCUCUUUGAAUUUUUACAUUGUAUGAUGUGUAAAAUCAUUGUUAGCUUCCUCACAACUUUAUUUCCUUUCGGAAAUAGAAGAGCUAACCAACAUAGGCAAUCACUGAACAGAGAGACGAAGUCUUAAUUAACCACAAACAACCCCAAGAGAGACGCUAGUCUUAUAAAAAUGGCUGCCUAUCCUCGAUAAUAUGUUACGUAUUCCACAAGCAUCAAGAUGGCUAGCAGUGAUAGCUCUUCCUCUUCAAGCAGCGAUUCUUUACCUUCUGGACGAGAAAUUAGACGCGAAUUGGUAUGGCUUAAGGAGAAAGUUAAGUCCACCCCACGUGGGCACAACUGGGAUUUAUUGAAUCGGGAUGGAAGGGUGCAAGAGGUCUGUUUCACCACGGGAAUGAGCAAAAAGCAGACUCGGGAAGCAAUCGUCACGACUUUUCCAGGAUUGCGAGGCAUCAAAGAUAAAAGCAUUCAUAUUUACAAGUCCACAAGUAGAGGGAGCAGGAUGGAGAGGGUGUUAAAAGGCAUACCCGCUGCAAAGUCAAUUUUACAGAAAUGCGGCACGACCAAGAGAAAAAUUUUCAUCUUGGUCAGAGAAAGCCCAGGUGGACACUACCCAAACACUACUGCCCCAAAAAAGACAACAACUGAGAAAAGCGAAGGUGCUACGCGCAAGUCCAGUGCACAAGCUCAUGACCUGACAACAGACGUAGAGGAUCAAAAUUCAGAGGCAGUUACCGUAACAUCAGACUCUGACGAUGACAGCUUGAUGAAGUCUGUCUUGGCAACCUCAGAAAAUAACGCCACAAAGUCAAUUGCGGCAAGCCAGGAAAGAGAUGAUAGUCAAUUCAGUGAAAUUUUUCGAUGCUUCCAAGAGGUGCUUGAGCAAAGAGAUGUCCAGCCCCUAUUUGUGAAUGUCGACCUCGAGGAGAUUUGCCAUCAAGCCGCAAGAGCCAAGAAAGUUUUGGUCUUGGCCCUAUUUUACCCUGGGAACAAUGACGAACACAUGGCAAGGUUGUUAAAGUGCUUGGCACAAUUUAAGUCCAUCUACUUGUGGAUUGACAAUGCUAAAAGCCAAACUGGAAGACAAGGUAGUAAUAUUGUUGAUUAAAAUAUAUACCAGUACAUAAUAGAAUGAUAAUAUAUGCACAGGUUGUGAGAAUUGGAUUUAAAAGAAUUUAAUAGGUUUACAACCAUGAAAUUAACAUUUAUGGGUAAAACCAAUGUUGAUAAUGUUGAUGUCUAGAACCUGUCACUCUAAUCAGAUAAUUAAGACUCCAGAGCAAUGUUCCUUUCAUCAGAGCACUACCAACAUUUGUAACAAAUAGCUUCCCCAAAUCAAAACAUAACAUUCAAAUUCAUUAAAAUACUUGAAUA